UAGAUCUGUGCUUAAGAACUUUUUAUGCCCAUAAUCUGGCAAUUUUAUGAGCAAAGAUAUCUAUACAUAUGGUAGGCAAAAGUCCUAAGAGAUUUUCAUAUUUUAUACAAAUUAUAUAAGCAUCAGUCUUAUAUUAAUAAGUAAUUGAUAAAAUCGUAUGGUUAAUUUUGAUCAAAAUGAAAAAAAGAACAAAAAACCAUUAGUGUUUAGUUGCCUCAUUUUGUGUCUGAUUUGGUUUAGACCAGUAGUUCCCAAACUAGCGUACGCGUACCCCCGGGGGUACGCAACUGGCUGUAGGGGGUACGCGAGGGUCGGGGUUUGAAUGGGGAUCACAAAUUUUAAAAGCCCAAAUUUGCGCUAAUGCAGUUUUAUGUGGCUCUCAAAUACAUGACUAUAUACCACCCUCUGGUGUUCAGCGAAAAAUAGCUCUAACAAAAUGGACAAGUGGUUAACAAGAAAAAAAGGCCCUACCACAGAGACACCGGCCACAACAACCGAUCAGCUCAUAUCUGAAGAUGCAUUUUCCAGUGACCGCACAGGUGAUUGUUCAAAAACAAUGUGUUCCUCAGAUUUGGAUGCUAGCACGGAUGUAUCUGUUGUUGCUAGCCAAGCGGCUAGCAUAGCUGGAGCCAGUGAUGAAGUGUCUGAUGCGGAGCGUCAAAGUGGGAGAAAACAUGACAGCUUGGACUGUAACACAACCUCCUCAAAGAAGCGCAAAUAUGAUGACAAUUAUGUUUCGCUGGGGUUCACGUGUAUAACUAUUGGUGGAUUUUCCCGGCCACAAUGUGUUAUUUGUGUAAAAGUAUUGUCUCAGAACUCAAUGAAACCUUCACUUUUGCGCAGACAUUUAGAGACAAAUCAUCCCCAUUUGAAAAAUAAACCAAGAGAAUAUUUUGAGCGACAGCUAAAAUCACUUUCAACAAGUAAAACCUGCAUUCAAGUGCCAGAUCUUAUGAAUAAAAACAGACUACAAGCAUCUUACAUGGUCAGUUACAGAGUGGCUAAAACCAACAAACCCCACACUAUUGUGGAGGACCUCCUUCUCCCUGCUGCUUUAGAUAUGGUAGGGACAAUGUUGGGUGAAAAGGCAAAAAAGACGAUACAGUCCAUUCCAUCAUCAAACAAUACUGUCUCACGGCGCAUCAGUGCAAUGUCAGAAAAUGUUUUACAGCAGCUACUUCUGCGCAUACGCCACAGUGAAUUUUAUGCAAUACAGCUAGAUGAGUCCACGGAUGUGGCUGGCCUGGUGCAUCUCCUCGUAUAUGUGCGCUACAUUCAUGAAGGAACCAUCAAGGAGGACAUGCUGUUCUGUAAACCGCUGGAAGAAAGGACAACUGCCGCAGAUAUUUUUCAAAAGCUGGACACAUUCAUGAACACACAUGGACUCAUGUGGGACAGAUGUGUUGGCAUCUGUACCGAUGGCGCACGGGCCAUGACUGGGAGACACGGAGGUGUGGUUUCGCGUGUGCAAGCAGUCGCGCCAGAUUCCUCUUGGGUACACUGCAGCAUCCACCGAGAGGCUCUUGCAGCAAAGGGAAUACCUGUCCGUUUGAAACAUGUUUUGGACACAAGUGUAAAAAUGGUUAACUUUGUGAAAGCCAGGCCGCUGAACUCCCGCUUAUUUGCUGCGUUGUGCAAUGAGAUGGGCAGCGAGCAUGAGACUUUAUUACUCCACACAGAGGUUCGCUGGCUAUCUAGAGGGAAAGUGCUGACCCGUUUCUUUGAGCUGAGGGAUGAACUUAAAGUUUUCUUCAGUAACCAUCCCUUUGAGCUGUCUAAACAUUUGCAUGAUGAAGAGUACCUUACGUGCCUGGCUUAUCUGUGUGAUAUAUUUUCUCGUCUGAACGAGCUCAAUCUCGGAUUACAAGGCGUUUCUGCAACUAUAUUCAAUGUUCAAGAUAAAGUUGAGGCCAUGAUAAAGAAGUUAAACCUUUGGAAGAACUGCAUGAAUGCAAACAACACUGAAGUCUUUCCCGUGCUGCAUGAUUUUCUGUGCUCAAAUGAUCUCACACUAUCAAAAAGUGUAAAGCGCGAAUGUAACGUGCACCUUGAGGAGCUGGCGGCGCAGUUACGCCGAUACUUCCCAGAGACUGACGGCUCAAAUGAUUGGAUACGUCACCCGUUCACCACCGUGCCUACUUCGUUAUCACCGUCUGACCAGGAGAGCCUAAUUGAAAUCGCCACAGAUGGAGCUCUAAAAGUUGAACAUGCUCAAAAGACCCUGGCGGAUUUCUGGAUAGGACUGCGCACUGAACAGCCCGCGCUGGCUAAGCGCGCUGUCAAGACUCUGAUGCCUUUCGCCACCACAUACUUAUGCGAAAGGGGAUUUUCUGCUUUAACAAACAUGAAAACAAAAUACAGAGCAAGACUUUGUGUGGAAAACGAUUUAAGACUCAGCCUUUCCCAAAUUGAGCCAAACAUUGAAGAGCUGUGUGCCUCUGCUCAAGCACAUCCAUCACAUUAAAUAAAAUUCUGUUUAAUGAAAGUUCAUAUCUGGCCUUUAUGCUCUCGACAAAAUGGUGAAUUCUAAUAAAUCUUUUGAUACACUGCUGAUUUUAAGUAGUAAAGUUCGUUAUCGAAAUUCUGUCAUUACUAAAAUAUAUUAAUAAAUUCAUUUGGUGGUGAAAAAUAAUCGUGCAGUACUUAUUUGUAUGCAUGUGGUAUUGCGAUGUAUUUUUAGACACUAAUUAGGAGUUCAUUCGUAGCAGGGGGUAUGCGGCUGAGGCUGACAUGUCUCAAGGGGUACGUGGCUGGAAAAAGUUUGGGAAGCACUGGUUUAGACAGAUGUUUUGAGGUGGCUGUAGCUCAGGUGGUAGAGCAGGUCAGCUACUAACCAGAAGGUUGGCGGUUUGGUCCCAAGCUCCUCCAGUCUGCAUGCCAAAUAUCCUUGGGCAAGAUACUAACCCCAAGUUGCUCACCGAUGCAUUCAUCGGAGUGUGAAUGUGUAUGAAUGUUAGACAGUAAGC